AUGGCGAAGAGGGUCCUCUUCACGUGCUUCAAUUGCAAGACGUGCGACUUGCCGUUCGAUGCGCAGCACGGCGGCGCCCACACGCCGUACGUCGGCUCGUUCGACGGCAAGCUGCUGGUGGCCUGCCAGACGGCGUCUUUUGACGACCCUCUGCACUCUGAGAUCCAGCGCGGGAUCAUGACGUUGAUGGUCGCCGGGGGCGGAAAGCUGGCCGACGUGACCAAGCAGCAGUACUUCGCCGACGGGACGCGCAUCACCGACGAGAUGGAGCGUCUGCUCGAAGACUUCUCCAAUGAGUGCGAGAUCUACAUGCCCGUCGCCCGCAAGUUCAACGACCGCAUCAUGGAUUUCAAGGUGGAGCAGCUCGGUGUUCGUGGAUCGCAGAUUGACGUCAGGCCCUCGGUGGAGGCGGCUGCUGCCAAGGAGCACCCCCAGCCCAAGAAGGUCGUCGAGGCCGUGGCUGCUCAGGAGCCAGCCGCUGGGCAAGCUGCACCCGCUGCUGCCGCCGUCCCCUCCGCUGGACAG